AGAAAAGUGUUUCCUAAUAGGAAACUACACAUUUUAAACAACAGACAGAAUGCUACACUACUCUGCAAAACAACGAACUGGAAUUACAUGUGAGCCCAAAAAGGGAAAAAGGGGCUUUGUGUCUCCAAUAAAAAGGCUUGUUUUUCCAAAAUCAGCAAAAAGGCAAGUAGAAAGGAGCAGCAUCUACAGGAGACCCCUACAUUCGGUACCUCUUUACCCACCAGAUUACCUCAUCGACCCUGAAAUAUUGCUUCACGACUAUGUUGAAAAGGAAGCCAAGUUUCUUGGUCACCUGACCUGGGUCAAUUGUUCCCUUAAUCCAUCAAGCAGAGAUGAGCUUCUUCAGCUACUGGACACAGCGAGGCAACUGAAAGAACUACCUCUGAAGACAACCCCAGAGCAGGACAGCAUCUUGAGUCUUUCUGCUCGCUGCCUCCUCCUCACCUGGCGAGACAACGAGGAGCUAAUCCUAAGGAUCCCCACGCACGAAAUCUCUGCCGCAUCCUAUCUGCGAGAUGAUGCACUGCAUCUUGUUGUCCUUAAAACAGGUCUUGGUGUUGACCCUGUUCCUGCUGGGGGAAGCUUAGAAAGAAGACAGCCAGGUAAUGUCAUGGAAAGCAAUCAACCAAGCGGCAGCAUGGAGAGGACUCCUGUCAGCAAUGUGGAUCGUAAACAGCCAGGAGGGACCAUGGAGCGGAGGCAUACUAUUUGCAGUUUAGACUGGAAAAUGGCAGGAAGCAACUCUGAAAACAAACAAACAGGGGGGAGUCUCGAGAGGAAACAGCAAUCAGGGGGUAGCUGGGAGAGGAAGCAAACAGGAAGGACAUUCGGUAGCUGGGAGCACAAGCAGACAUACGCUGGAAGCUGGGAAAGAAGACAAACCUGUAAAACUGGUGGCAGUUGGGAUAAAAGGCAAACAGGUAAAACUGGUGGAAGCUGGGAGCGCAGAAACACUGGAGGGAGUUGGGAAAGAAGGCAAACCUACAGUGGAAGCUGGGAACGAGGAAAAACCUAUGGAAGCUGGGAAAGAAGGCACACUGGGAGCAACCCACUGGAUCCUCAGGAGCCCAGCCCAGAAGCAUACUGUAACCUUAUCAUUUUAGCUGUCUCCAACAGGGAUGCUGCAGAGGAAUCGUGUGCUCUCAUAUGCCAGGUCUUUCAAAUCAUCUAUGGUGAUCAAAGCAUCGAAUGCGUGGAUCGUGCUGGGUACCAUUAUACAACAACUCCAGAAAGACCUUGGCUAAUAAACAGAAGUGACAGUCGACAAACAGACAUGACGUAUGGUUAUGAUGCUGAUUAUAGCUGCUGCAGUUCAUUUAAUGGGUCCCAUGAUACAUUUGAAGCCUACUACAGUGGGAAUUCCUCACCAUCAUUUCGGGAGUCACACCGGAGCUUAUCCACAGCUCACAGUGAAAGUGACCAGGGCAGUAUCUGUAUGGAACAGCUGCAAGAAUACAUCAAAACACUGAAAAACAAGCUUACCUCCUCAGAAAUACAUCAGUUUGCUGUACUGAUCCGGGAUUAUCGGAUGGGUGCACCUGUGGAAAACUACUGUGGAGCUUUACUUCAACUGUAUGGUGAGAAGAGAAAAUUCCUCCUUCUAGGAAUGCGGCCAUUUAUUCCAGACAAGGACAUAGGCUACUUUGAGAGCUUCCUGGAGAGCAUUGGCUUCCGAGAAGGUGGUAUACUAACAGAUAGCUUUGGUAGAAUUAAAAGGAGCAAGAGCAGUGCAUCUGCCUCCGUUGUUCGCAGUUAUGACAGCUGGUCCGUUCGUUCCGAAUCUGAAUUCUUCAACAAGAAAAUCACAGACAUCACCCAUGACAUCAAAGCACUAGCACAGGAGGAUGAGGAAGAUGAUGAAGAGGAAGAUAACUACUUGUGAUUACACCGUGACUUUCCCAUCUUUUAGUCCAAAAUGUAAAGCUGGAAAAGAGCAGCCGUGCAUGAAAAAUAUUACUGUUCACAUGACAUUUUUAAAUAAUGUGGAGUAUGGCUUGCUUUGGUGCAACAAUACAUUUGUUUUAUUUUUUCUAAAAAACGUGGAAAAAAUGUUCAUUGUUUUCUUUUUUUAACUCCUCAGUUCUAAACAGUAUAGCCUAGAGAUAAAAUACUGAGCUGUGAAUACAGCAACAUUUGUUUGAAAUCACUGCCACAUGUUAUCACUUUUAUAUUAUCACAUUAACCUGGAGACACUGCUAGAAAAAUGAGCCAACGAUAUCCAGACAAAAGGAAAACACUAGAAUGGAACUAUCCAAAGUCAUGUAGUCAGUCAGUACCCACAUAUAACUCAAAUGCUGUGUGCCAAAGCAUACGUCUUGUCCUUCAAACCUAUUAGCAGGUAUAAUAAUCUGAUUUAUUAUGCACCAUGGGGCUGCAAUGUACUUUUCUGGGUGCAAACAGUGUAUGCAUUAAUGUAAAACUUUGCAUCAUGAUCUAAAAAUCAUGUAAUAAAUUGAUGUCACUGCCAGUGAUCUAAUAUCCUGCAAUAACAUUUUGUUAUUGCUACUGUGAUGACCCACCACUAGACCAGUAAUCAAGGAGCCUCAAUCCUCACCACUGGUACCUGUGGGUAACGUUCACUGGGAGGAUAACAGGUACGCACACAGUAUUUCCUGAUCCAUCUCUCUGCAAGUGCAAUUUCCCUUAAGAGCAGACAGAGACUGCAGUCAGUCAGGGGUUGGUUUCUCCCUCUUUCUCCAGAUCC